UCCUGUUUCACAGAAGAAAUGAAACGCUGCCAAAUAAUCAAAUCAUUUUGCUGCAACUCCUCCAUUUACUCCUUGAAAAGUGGUCAAAUGAUUAUGUACGUACCCGCUGUCCUGUGAAGUAACGUGGACUUGUAAUAUACUAAGGUCAGAAGAAACCACUUACCAUAUUCUCAUGGAUACCUUGACAGGCGUUCGUGGCGUAAUACUGUGUUUGCAAAUGAUACGCAUUACAUAACCUUCUGUGCUUACUAAAAGGUGAUUGUUGUACCUUGAAAUGAAGUGUGUCAAUCAUCUUCCAGAUAGUGAAGUUGAGACAUGCUGACAACUAUUUUAUUUGGAUGUGCCAUUGUGAUAUGUGCCGCUUCCCAAAGUGAUCUUACAAUACAGAUUGGCCCAGGAACGGUGAAAGGAAAAUAUGACACAACCAUAAAAGGAGGCACUUUUAGAUCUUUUACUGGAAUCCCAUACGCCGAGCCUCCAGUGGGAAUUCUACGGUUUAAGCCGCCAGUACCACUAAAACCAUGGAACGGUGUCCUAGACGCCACCAAACCUCACCAAAUUUGUCCCCAAAUGGACGUCUACUUUGGAAAUUACACGGUUGCUGGAAACGAAGAUUGCUUGUACCUUAACGUAUAUGCACCGGUGGUAACUGAGAAGGCAAGCUUUUCCGUGCUGUUCUAUAUACAUGGUGGUGGGUGGAUGAGUGGCAACGCAAACUCAGAACUCUAUGGACCUCAAAAACUUUUAGAGAAAGAAAUUGUGCUGGUUACAACUAAUUAUCGACUAGGGGCCCUUGGAUUUUUGAGCACAGGCGAUUCGGUGGUGCCUGGUAAUAAUGGCCUGAAAGAUCAAAGUUUGGCGUUGAAGUGGGUAAAGGACAAUAUUAAAUGCUUUGGUGGAAACCCGAAUAAAAUUACGGUCGUUGGACAAUCGGCUGGUGGGGCAAGCGCCCACUUUCUUACUUUAUCGCCACUUAGCAGAGAUUUGGUAUCAGGCGCUAUACUGCAAAGUGGAACUGCAUUUGCACCUUGGGCGAUCACUUUAAAACCCCUUGUCAAUGCACAAAGACUCGCCAGUUACUUAAAUUGUCCGUCUACGUCUAGCGAGGCCAUAGUGGAGUGUUUAAGCACUAAAGAUUCGUCCGAUAUUGUUGAGCAAGACAAACGAUUUUGGGAAUAUAGCUACGACCCUAUGAUUCCUUUUAAGCCAGUUGUAGAACGAGACCAUCCAGGUGCGUUUCUCACUGAAGACCCGGCCGUAAUCGUUCAAUCAAGGAAAAACGUGCCAGUCCCACUGAUGAUAGGGUUAACUACUGAGGAUGGAGCAUUGAAAUCUGCCACAUUGCAUAAAGACCAAAGAUUGAUCGAAAUGCUAAACAAAGACUUUGAUGUAAUUGCGCCAUUUCUCUUCGGCUACGAUCAAGCUACUUACAAUACAAGUGAAGUUUCAGAGCGAAUCCGAAAUUUUUACUUUCGUGGCCGUAAAAUUGAUGAGAGCAAUAAAGCGGAAUUGACAAAUGUUGUUACUGACUCUUGGUUCCACGUAGCUACUGAUUUAGCGGUUAGAUUGCACGCUGAAAACAGUAACACUGCAGUUUACCUCUACAUCUUUGGGUAUCAAGGGGUUGUAUCCUUCUCAACAGCAUUCAAAGAUGCAGCCGACAGUUACAAUUACGGAACCUGUCAUGGUGACGAAUUACUUUACCUAUUCACACAAACCCAUUCCCAAGGUGCAAAAUUCACUGAAGCAGAUAACCGCAUGAUGGAUAUUAUGGUGUCCAUCUGGACUAAUUUUGCAAAAACUGGCAACCCAACCCCUGAUGACAAUGAGCUAUUGACGGUGAAAUGGCAUCCCGUCACUAGUAAAAGUAUGGAAUACUAUUCUAUCGGUAAGGAUGGCGAUUUGCAAAUGGGAGAAAACUGGGAAAUAAAACGAUUGAGAUUUGCUAGAGAGAUUAAGUUUAAUGCUAGAUGGAACCGAAGUAAAGAUGAGCUUUAAAGCCAUCCACCCAGGUUUUUUACGGGAAUAGUUUUAGUUGAGGUGUAAAUACUGUAGGUAAUAAAUACACGUUAGAACUCAA